AUUUUUUAACGUAAACCGUGAAAUCCUUGAGCCCACAUCUCUGCCGUUUUAAGUUGCUCUGCAUGCAAAUUAACAUUUAGAUAAAGUCGCAACAGUAAUCUUCCACAAUGAUUAAUUCCUAAUUUCCCUUGGUCUAUUAUGACUUAUGACUACCAAGUAAAUAAUGCACAGUGCAUUACCACGGUGUGGAACAACGAAAAAAAAUCAGGAAAAACUGUCACAGUGGUUUGCUCCAAGCUUUCAGCGAUGCUAAGGCCCAGUCCCACCGCAGUAUCCCGGCUCGUUCUUCAAUUUGUGCCUUUGACCUCGCUCAGAAUUUAAGGACAGGAUGGAUCCGAGUUGAUUGCUUCUAAACCACUGAGUGCCCUCUGGGAAAAAUGGGUUGUGGCACACUGGCAUUACAAAAAAGAAAUUGCCGCAGCAAGCUGGAAUGGUUAUGGUCUGAUGUCCCCAGUGGCAACCCUCUGCCAUAAAAGACUGAACUUUGAUUACAACGAAGAAUAGAUUUCUCUCUUUCUUUAAAUGUAAGUAAGUGUGGUCACUGUUUGGGACCUGGCUGCCUCCAGUCAACUCGUAUGAUUGGUAAAUACGCAAGUGACCCGCUGGACUGAGCUCCGAGGACAAGUUCGACCAAGGUCCAUUUAUUGACUGCUGGUCAAUUUUCCCUGGUAACCUGAUCAUAGCAUAUCACCCGGAGACCGCAGGCAAAGUGGACAAACUAGUGGCAGGUGGCCAAUGCUCGUCGCUCGAACUUGCCUCAGAUCUGGGGAGUCGGUGUUGGUUUUACACUACAGUUCUAUCCAACAACAGUUGUUCCAGUCACAGGAAGAGCUUGCCAUCAGGAUGCAAUUCGAUCAGAUUCUAGCACUCCUUGGAGACUUUGGGCCCUACCAGAGGCGGAUCUUCUUUCUGAUUUGUCUGCUGAGUGUACCGGGCGCUUUUCACAAGCUAGCCCAGGUCUUUCUCGGGGCAGGAACGGACCACUGGUGCGCCGAGCCCGAGUGGGAAGACCAGGACUGCAUGGGUUGGAACUUGACGACGACGGAAUGCCAGCUGGCCAAGAAGAACGCGUCCAUCCCGAGAGACGAGCGCGGGGAGUUCAAGCAAUGCGGGCGGUACAACGUGACUGGGGUGAUGUUCUACCCGGGGCUUGACACCAGUAACUUCACCACAGAGGAAUGCAUGGAUGGGUGGGUUUAUGACACCAGCCAGUAUGAAUCUACCAUCAGAAUGGAUUUCACAUUGGUAUGUGAUCGUAAGACGUUUUCUAAUGUGGCUCAGUCCGUUUUCUUCGUGGGAAUUCUACUUGGCUCUGUUGUCUUUGGGUCGCUCGCUGAUUGGAUUGGUCGCACAAAGACCAUGUACAUCGCCAUGUGUUUGUGGCUCGCUGCAUCCAUUGCGGUAGCGUUCUCGCCUAACUUCGCGGCCUACACGAUAUUCCGCGCCUUGGGAGGAGCGGGCAGUUACGGCACUUUCUUACCUGCAUAUGUUCUGGGUACGGAGUUUGUAGGCCCCUCCAAGCGAGUCAUCGUCGGUAUCGUGGGUCAAAUCUUCUUCUCUGCUGGCCUCAUGAUUCUGGCUGGUCUUGCCUACUUCAUCCGUCAGUGGCGCACCCUGGAGCUUGUCAUCACUGCUCCAAUACUUCUCUUCUUCCUCUAUAUCCCUAUUUUCCCCGAGUCGGCACGCUGGCUGAUAAACAGGGGGCGUCAUAAUCAAGCCGAGAAAAUAAUCAGAAAAGUUGCCAAGGUAAACAAGAAAGAGCUUCCGGAUGUACUAUUUGAGGAGGACGAAAUCAAGGAAUUGAAGGAAAAAUUGGAGGCAGAAAGAAAGCCGAACGCGUUGGAUCUCUUCAAAACUCCAAACAUCGCCUUCAAGACGUCUAAUCUCAUGUUCAAUUGGUGUGUCAACAGUUUGGUAUACUAUGGCCUGUCCCUCAGUAUCCCUGAUCUAGCUUCCGACAACUAUCUCGCCUUUUUCAUAUCCGGCGCCAUUGAGAUACCAGCCUACAUACUAGCUAUGGUGGCCAUCGAGAAACUGGGAAGGAGAUUGAAUUUGGGAUCUACUAUGGUCAUCGGAGGGGUGGCCUGUGUGGGGACAAUACUCAUACCCGCUGGGACGUGGCAGACAGCUGUCGCGAUGAUUGGCAAGUUUUGCGUUUCUGCUUCCUUUGCCAUCGUGUACAUCUACUCGGCCGAACUUUUCCCAACUCCUCUAAGGACAGUGGGGAUGGGCGUGUGUUCAAUGGCUUCUAGGAUAGGUGGAAUCGUCUCGCCUCUCAUCCUCCUACUGGAUGGAGUCUGGCAACCAUUACCGUUACUCUUAUUUGGCGUACCUUCCAUCCUAGCUGGUGCUUUGGCCUUCCUCUUGCCAGAGACAAGAGGGAAAGCCCUGCCCGAGACGGUGGAAGAUGCCGAGGAAUUUGGAAAGUUUAGAUGGAUGGAUCAGUACCAAUUCAUUCACAGGGAGAAGAAAGACGAAAGCCCAGUCGCCUGAGGGGAAAGGCGAGAAGGAACUGUCGUAUUCAAACACGGCUUUUUCAGGGACAGAGGAGACAGACAAGAUUUGAAGAACGACAAUAUAUUUGUUGGAGAAUAAUGCAAGAAACUGCAAGCAAAGGAAAGUUGCUAUGUAGCUUGCUGGUUCUUUGGAACUGUUUCUUUGAACCUUACAUUAAUCCAACAGGGCAGCCUAAUUCAAUAAGAUGAAUCAUCGAAAGUCCUCGGUAUAUCAAAAGAUAAAUGACUGAAGACUGCUAGGGUUAAUUAACAAAACCAUUCCUUAAUGCUGUUGCUAAAUGUUAGACUCUAAUUCUGUUUCACAUCACUCAACUUAUUUUCUGUGGUGAUGGGUUGUACUAUUUGUAUAAAAACUACAGGUGUGUAUCUGCUGUUUUUCGGCCUUUGUUUUUAUUCACAUUGCUACUGUCAAAGCCAAUAGCUUUUACGCAAGAAUAUGAACCCUGUGUAUUAUUUAAGUCUACGUAUAAAUAGUGUUUGUUCUCCUACCCACCUCAUUGUCUUUACUUGACCUUUGAACACUUCAAGGUCAAAAGUAUUGGGGAUUUUUUGCUGCCAUUGCUCCUAACCAUGGACAUAGAUGGUAAUCAUGUUUUAAUUGUGCCUUGAAUGCACGGUGAGUUCUUUUUGUCACAAAUCUGUCGAGUUAUUGCCAAAAAGAAGAGAAAAAAGUGUUUAACUUUCCCUGCAGGAGGCCACUUCAAGCUUCGGAAGAUUGCAAAAGGGAGGUUUGCAGUGAAAUUUGCUUGAGUUGAAGUGUGUUCGACUUUUUGCAAAUUUGCAGUGCGAAUAUUUGAUCUGAAAUCCCAAUUUCAUGUUGGCUUUCGCGCAAAGUAUAAAAACCAGCCUUCAGUGAAGCCGCAUUGACAUUAUUAAGUCCAUUUCUGUUGAUCGUUCUUAAUGGUGUGCCAGAGCCAGAAAUAAAUGUUAUUAAAUAUACGUCUUUACACAUCAUUCCCUUUUAAAAAUGUUGACCUUUAAAGUUCUUGAUAUUUUUUACUAGUGUGCCCCCUGUUCAUUUGUUUAAGCCUUAGCUCCCUCCCCCCCCCCAUAUAAUGUAGCCACAUCGUCUGGCCACAGUCAGCGCGGCAGAUCAGCAGAGACCAGUCAACUUCACAUGCUCCUAUUAAACUGGAGUGUGGUUUUCUGCUUGAGCCCUAGUUUGCAAGAAGUCAGUGAUUGAAGUCAGAAUGUAAACUCAUAAGGUCCAUUUUACACAGUGUUUCUUUUUUAGUCUGUUAAAUUUUUUUUAGUCUUUUGAUGUUGUCUUUUCAGUCUGUUUGUCCUUUUAGGCUUUUUCCCGUCUUUUUCAGUACUUUUUCAAUA